AUGAUCCAUCGUCUCGUAGGAAGGAUUUUGGCAGAGACGAGGUUCGGGCAGCGGGUCACUGGCGCCAUGCAACCCAUCAGCGCGCAGCGUCAACGGAAACCGGAUAUGCCACGUGGACGGCUAGAGCAGAAGAAGAAGAUGACGCAAAUGGUUAUGACGAUGACAACAGGGGGGUCGCGACGGCCGACAGUAGAGGACCCAUCGACGAAGAAAUCGCUAAGGCAACACAGGCCUGUUUCGGCAGUCACAAACUCUGCACCGAGAGCCGCAUCGGUGGAUCGCGAUGGAAACCCCGCGAACGCACGAUCCGGUGGUCAAGGGCCGGUUGUGCCACCGAGCCAUGGCAGCAAAACGCCCACGCAGUACAGCGAGGAGUACGUCGAAUCACUGCGUGCUCGCGUACGGGCACAAGAAGUGGAGAUUCUGGAGAUGCGGGAUAAGCAGAGGGCACACGCAGCGGAGCCAGAGCCGGUGGGACGGGCGCACGGAGGCAACAAGCGGAAGAAUCUGCAGAGGUCUCACGAUGAGCGCGAGACCAGGCAGCAAGAGUGGGAACAAGCGCAGGCGAACCCCGAAGCCCCUCACGUGUUUCCAUUCGCUCAGUUUUCCACGUUUGUGCAUGAGGCUAUGCAGGCAGAACGUUGUCCCGCUGUGCAGGAGAAGGUGGAAGAGGGGAAGAUGUACAUCGUCCAUGUUUGUCCGGACGAUGAAACGACGUUCUGGCCAGACGAUGGCCUUGUCAAGCGCUCCAUGGCAGCCGCGAUGGAAUUUACGGAGAAGGAAGACAUUUCUCGUCUGCAUCUAGUGCUGGAACUGGACAAGCAGAGGAGCGCGAUCUUCACACACGUGAUGCAGAAGUACCGGUCGGACACGUGGCUGAUCGCACGCGCCAAUUUCUACAUCCUGAACGGGAUGGCAUACACUAAGCCCGCUUCCGCGCGGAUCGCGCUCCCGGCGGUUCCGGACCCGACCGUUGUGAAACCCAAGACCGAGGCGGAGUUCACAACGACAUUCGAGGCGAGUAAGUCACCCGCGACGCAAAGGUAA